UCCAAAUACAUCUCUUUUCAUCAGAAACAUUUCCGAUGAAUCCAGGCCUGAGGAUUUGCGCCGUGAGUUUGGUCGUUAUGGGCCAGUAGUAGACGUCUACAUUCCACUUGACUUCUAUUCACGCCGACCAAGAGGAUUUGCAUAUAUUCAAUAUCCUUUCCCUUCUAAAAAAAUGUAAAGGCAUCCAGUUGUUGUGGAGCCUGGAGAAAGAGUAAGAAUGUCCGGUGUAGAGUAGAUCUAAAGACAAGCAGCAAAAGACCGCCAGGAUGCAAGAAACAGAGAGAGGGAAAGGUUGAAAGAGAAUUUAAAGCUUGAAGAGACAAAGAGGAAAAAGAGGGGACGGAGUCAAGGCUUGGAUAUGUCAUCAAAAGAAAGAGGAAAAGGGAAGAGAUUAAAGGGCAAAGACAAGCAGGAAACCCAAGUUCUUCUGGGAGGCGAUUAAAGAGCUUAAAGAUCAAGAUGAAAGUCAAAGUCAAGCAUGUUUAAGGUAACAAACCUGAAUUCUUUUUUUGAAGAUGUGCGCGACGCUGAAGAUGCUCUUCACAACCUGGACAGGAAGUGGGUGUGUGGCCGACAGAUUGAAAUCCAGUUUGCGCAGGGAGACCGAAAGACACCCAAUCAGAUGAAAGGAAAGGAGGGGGGAUCUUCGCGCAGCUCUUCGCGGCAUGAUGAUCGAGAUUAUGAUCGGGACAGUCGUCGUAGGCGUUCUCGCAGCCGUAGCUACCAAAGACGCAGGUCACGCAGCCCAUCCUACGAUCGCCGGCCCAGACGCUCUGAGAGUCCCAGAGACUCCCGUGGAAGGAUGUACGGUGGUAGAGGAAGAAGCAGGAGUCCGGAAAACGACCGGCACCGACCCCACCCACGUGACCACCGACGACCCCCCCCUGGGCAUUCCCCGCACAGCCAAUCCCGCUCCCCUUCUCACUCCAGGCCCAGGGCCCAGAGGGAGUCCAGAGGAAAGUCUCGUUCCCGCUCUAAGUCCCUGAGCCCACGAGGUGGCGAUUUCCACCCAGCACCCGGUGGCUACGAGCCACAGGACGAUGUGUCGUCUCGUAUGCGCUCCCCGUCCCGCUCGCAUUCUUGCUCCCGCUCACGGUCCCGUUCUCGCUCCAGGUCCUAGACAGGGUGCAAGUCAGGGGGACACUUUUGACUGAAGUUGUGUCCAAAAUGGCUUGCUGGAUAAUUGAAUGUUCAUGGAACGGUUGUUGGUUGGUUUGUAAAAAUUAUCUUCCUUUGUAGUUUUUUGCUUUUUUUUUUUUUGUUGUUAUUUUUUAAUGGAUGAAUAAAUAGAAACACGAUAUCCUGUUUAAAUCAGUCCCAGAAAUGUCACCUUUUUUAUAGUUACACACCCUCCGUUUCUAGUCAUUAUAUCCAAUUCACUGAGUGUACGAAACAUUAGGAAUAGCUUCCUAAUAUUGAAUCCCCCCCCCCCAUUUGCCCUCAGAACAGCCUCAAUUCAUCUGGGCAUGGACUUUACAAAGUGUUGAUAGCCCAUGUUGACUCCAAUUCUUCCCACAGUUGUGUGACGUUGUCUGGAUGUCCUUUGAAUGGUGGACCAUUCUUGAUACAAACAGGAAACGGUUGUGUGAAAAACCCAGCAACAUUGCAGUUCUUGAUACAUUCAAACCGAUGCGCCUGUCACCAACUACCAUACCCCGUUCAAAGGCACUUAAAUCUUCAUCCCUUGAAUGGCACACAUACUCAAUCCAUGUCUCAAUUAUCUUGAGGCUUAAAAAUCCUUCUUUAACCUGUCUCCUCCCCUUCAUCUACACUGAUUGAAGUGGAUUUAACAAGUGACAUCAAUAAGGGAUCAUAGCUUUCACCUGGUCAGUCUCGUGGGAAGAGCAAGUGUUCCUAAUGUUUUGCGCACUGUGUAUCAGCGUUAUUCCAUUCAGAAGACAGGGCUAGAAAUACUGUAUAGGCCAAGAUCAAGUACCGUGAUUCAAUCCAAUCAUUGUUUACCGUGAAUGCGGGAACAUUGCCUUGAAAAGCGGUAAUCGGAUUGAAUCCCUGCCCUUGUCGCUAAAAUCCUUACCUUCACUUUCCUGUCAAGUACAUUAGGCCCCAGCUUUCAGUUGGUAUGCUUGAAGUGGAAGUUACCUGGGGUGUAAUCAUUAGUCCAAAAAGUUUACUCCAAACGGAAAACGAAAACUUUAAUUUGGUUUUGUUGGUUUCCUAGUGAAACAUACCCGUGGCCUGUGAAAGAGCCACUACGGUAGCACUGUUCAUUUUCUACCAACAUUUGUUUACGAUUUGUUCAGCGAUAGAUAGGCCCAUGUUACAUUGGCUUGUCCUAUUUGAUAAAUUCUGGUAGCCAUGUCAGUAGCUUCAAAUAUCAACUCUGAAGGUUUCUAAAUUUGAUCAAGUUGGCGAUGGUUUGUACAUGGCCUGCUGUAUGUUUUGACAUUUCAGGACCUUGGUCCUUCGCUUUGUUAAUACUCCAUACUUUGCUAAAUGGUUCUUGUGAUGGCUUGUAUUAUUCUAUAUGCUUGUUUUUUCCUAAAACAACAAGAAGUGUAGUCUUCCUUCCAAAUGUGUCAGUUAUGCUCUACCGUUUAUGCAACAAUUUUCUUGGAGAGUAAUAAAUGCUUCUUUUAAUGCA